CUGACAUUAAUUUGAUUGCUUCGGAAGGCAAAGGAUUAUCGAUUAGAAUUUUGGGAUUUUGAUGCCCUAUUUUGAUUAAAGUAAUUUUAGCUGCCUAUGUUAUCUUUCAACUCAUAUUUAUAAUUACACAUGUUCAGAUGCGUCCGAGCUCGUAAAAUGUGGUGAUAGAAAAGAUUACAGUUGGUGCGGGCGAGUAGGGGUUUCCUUGCGAUGGCGGCUGACACGGCGGUGGUCGCGACCCCCGAGGAGACUUUGGAGUCGCUGCUGCGCGAGGCCGAGGCUCUCAAACAGAAGCUAGAGGAGGAGCGCCAGAAACUCAACGAUGUGACCCUGUCGUGUGUUGCGGAGCGGCUGGAGACUAUCAACUUCCCGAACCUGAAGUUACGUCGCGUGCUGAAGGGGCACCAGGCCAAGGUGCUCUGCUCAGACUGGUCGCCUGACAAGCGCCACAUAGUCUCCUCCUCACAGGACGGCAAGGUGAUCGUGUGGGACGCGUUCACGGCCACCAAGGAGAGCACCAUCGCGAUGCCCAGCACCUGGGUCAUGGCCUGCGCGUACGCACCCUCCGGCAACAUGGUCGCGGCCGGCGGCUUGGACAACAAGGUGACCGUGUUCCCCCUGUCGGCGGACGAGGAGCCGCAGACGCGCAAGCGCACAGUGGCGACGCACACGUCCUACAUGUCGUGCUGUCUGUUCCCGCACACGGAGCGCCAGAUCCUGACGGGCAGCGGCGACGGCACCUGCGCGCUUUGGGACGUGGAGUCCGGGCAGCUGCUGCAGAGCUUCCAGGCGCACGCUGCGGACGUGAUGUCGCUGGACCUGGCGCCGUCGGACAUGGGGGACACAUUCGUGAGCGGCGGCUGCGACCGCUCCGUGCUGGUGUGGGACCUGCGCUGCGGCCAGGCCGUGCAGGCGUUCGACACGCACGAGUCGGACGUGAACAGCGUGAAGUAUCACCCGUCCGGGGACUCGCUGGCCUCGGGCGCCGACGACUCCUGCUGCCGCCUGUUCGACCUGCGCGCCGACCGCGAGGUGGCGCGCUACCAGAAGGACAGCAUCAUCUUCGGCGUGAACUCCGUGGAGUGGUCGGUGUCGGGGCGACUGCUGUUCGCAGGCUACAGCGACUACACAGCGUGCGCAUGGGACGCGCUGCGUGCGACGCGCGUGUGCGUGCUGUGCGGGCACGAGCACCGCGUGCAGCGCGUGCAGCUCGCGCCCGACGGCGUCGCGCUCGCCACCGCCUCCUGGGACUGCACGCUCAGGAUUUGGGCGUAAGCGAUAAAUCCAAAGAGCAGUCACCGAUCAGAUCUGACUGGGCUGGGUGUCCCGGCACAGACCAUGUCAUCUCGCCGAUCCCUGACACUUGCGGGGAAGAAUAUCCAGAAAUCCAUAACGAUUGGCCCAAGGCCGCUGUGA